AUGGGCGACUUUCUAUCCCCGCGGGGCUUCUCGUGGGUACAUUAUAAAACCCGUUCAAAUUUCGUAACGCUACGAAAAUCUUGUCGUUUCCCAUUUUGCCCCUCCCUCGCCUCACUCACUCGCGAUUCCCCUCCUCUCCUCACUCACUCUGAAAUCCCUAGCUCGCCCGCGCCGCUCUUCCUCUGGCCCGCGCCGCUCUUCCUCUCGCCCACGCCGCUCGCCCGCGCCGCCGUCGCCGCCUCCCUUUCGCCCGCGCCGCCUCUCCCUCUCGCCAGCGUCGCGUGCGCCACCUUCUCCUGCUCAAGCCAAAGCUGGCUUUUUUUACUGAAGUCCAGGAAGAGCAGCAGUAGUGCGGAGCAGACAGCCUUGUCCUGCUCGACGACGGUGGCAGCGUUCUCCGGCUCGACAACGGCGGCGACGAACGCUGGCGCUCCUCGUCUUCCUCGACCUGCAAGGAGGAGCACCGGUACUGGAGAUGCGGCUGCUGCUGCCGGGUCUACACGACGUGGAGGUCCUGCAAAUGCGGUUGCUGCUCUGGCGGACGAGGGGGAGUUCGAGCUGCCGGGCGACUUCAACUUCAUCGUCAUCUGUGCAGAUCAGGUGGAGUACUUGCUUGAGGUCCAGGUUCAUCCUCUUCUGGUGGAGAACAAUUCAGACGCGUACGAUUCGCUUGAUUCGGGUGGGAACAUUACAAUCAAGUGGACACUGGAAUGAUCAUGUGAUGCAUUGUUUGAAGUUAAGACUAAUUCAGUUCAGUCUAUUUGAAGCUAAGACAAAUUUCCUUGGCAUUUCACUAGAUGUGGUGUUAAUGGCCUGAAGAUUUUAUCAGAUUAUCCACCAUUCAUCUUGCAACCGGACUGGCAAAUACUGUCGAAUAUGUUCAGAAGCAGAAAUUGGAACAAAGGAAAACAUCACAUGCUCCGACCAGAUUAAUUUCCAACUUAGCUAGAUGCCUAGUUAUGGGAAUCGACCAGAUUAAUUUCCAACUCAGCUAGAUCGUUGCUAUGGAGACAGAGGAGUCAUAGGUUGGGCAUCGCCCCCUCCUCAAAUCCCAGGCACUCCUUGUCUCCCCUAUCAGUUUAGUUCAGUCUGUUUGAAGCUAAGAUCAAUUCAGUGCACAUCAGCUUUCUCAUUCUUACAUGAGCAAAUUUCAUGAAAAGAAUCUUCUGUGAGAACACAUCGAUCUGUUUUUUUUCAAAUGCAGGAGCACUCUAUGGAUUACAGAAGAAUUGAUUUGUAAGAUUGCCCACAAGUGAUACUGUGCAGAAAAUUUUGAAAUUAGUCUGACUUCUACUGUACAGAAGAAUUGAUUUGUAAGAUUGCACACAAGAAUUUAUCUGAGUUCUGCUGUUGUGCAAGAGGAGAGGCGAGGAGAACCUGCCUGGAAGCAACGUGCUGCGGCGGCGGGGACGAGCUAGGUGGGCUGGGCGCGGCGACGACCAAGCUGGGCGGGGGUGGCUACCAAGCGGGCACAGCGGCGGCCAAGCUGGGCGGGCGCGGCAGCAACCAAGCGGGCGCAGCGGAGGUCGAACUGGGCACCUGAGAUCGGGACCGAGCGCCUGGACGAAGGGGGCGAGUGCCUGCAGGCGGGGCCCGAGCGCUUGGACGAAGGGGAUGACGCGAGCUCCUGCAAGAGGAAGACGACACGCUGAAGAAGGAAGACGGGCCAGCUCCUGUAGGAAGAAGACGACGCGAGCUCUGGAGGAGGAAGACGACUGAAAUUUCAGAUCGAGGGUAAAACUGUCCAUUUCCCCAUUUGUCGGCUGUGUCUGAAAAUUAUAAACGCUCUUAUAAAAGUUUACGGAGGGAGUAGUAGGCUUUCUCUAGUAAAAUGGCUGAGCUGAUUAUGCAAGCCAUAAAGUCACUCAGGGAUAAAGUCACGCUUAGGCACUUGACGUGUACUCAAGUCGGUUUGCAGGUAUUUUUCUUAUCCAACCACAUUAUAUAAAACUCCCUCCCUCCCCCUCUCUCUCGCGUCGUCUCCCUCGCGAGGCGACCCGAGGGCCCCCAGAUCCUAGCGCCGCCAGGCCGGUCCCUGGCUGCUCCUCUGCCGCCGCUGUCACCGGCCCCUGCCGCGGUGGCGGCGGGCCCCGUUCCUCUAAGGGGAAGGGGAUCUCCUGCCGUUGCGAAGGGCGAGGCGGACUUGGGCCCCGAGGCGGCGGCCUCGGUCUGCGUGGCGACGGCGACCGCUGCGGCCGCUCGGGCGGCGUGGGGGUCGGGCCUGGGCACUGUGCUGCUGUCGCGCCGGGCGCGUCCUUUGGUGGAGGGAGGGCGCUCUUCGUCCUGCUCGGCGGCUGGCAACAGUGACCCGGCGGCGUCUCCAGGCGUGCUGCAUUGCAGAUCCGGUGGCCUGGUGCCCGUCCAUGCGGUGGUGUGCGGGGCUCCUUGCCUCGGCUCAGAUCUGGUCUGGAUGGGGAGGGGUGGCAGCCCUCCUGUCCCUGCCUGCUGGCUUCGAGCUGGCCUACCUCUGCGGGCCAGGGACUGCGGUGCGGCGGUGCUGCUCGUUUUCGUGGCGGCAAGGUGUGAUGCUCUGAUUUGGAUCGCCGGGGCGGGCCUGAUGCGGUGGUGCUGCUCGUUGGCGGCCGAGCAGCGACAUCGAGUGCGAGGGUGGUUCCUGUGUGGCAAUGACGCGAUUGUUGUGCAGGAGUGUACGGGUCAGCGGAGGUGAUAGUUGACUUUGGUUGGCUGCGUGGGAGUGAAGGCUCUGCUUCUCCAGGAGAAAGCUUUGGCUGGUUUCUGGCCGGCCGGCGGCGGCGCCGCCCGUGGGCGUCGCUAUCUCUCUUGGGAGCCCCGUUGAGGAGUUUUAUGCAACCUCUCCUCUCGGGUCAAAAUCUUCGGGCGAAAGUCAGGAUCCUUCUGGUGGAUCGGACGGCGACGUCGUCUCUACGUUGCUUUCCCUUUUGGGGCGCCGUCUUUGAGAUCUUGGCCCCUUUUGCACUUCCGGCAGGCUGGACGUGCACAACAUCGUGGUCGGUAGAUGUUCGACCGGCGGUGUGGGAGGUUGGCGUUGUGACUUGUGUGGCAACGACAAUGAUGGCGUGCGGUGCUGGGUGGUCUGGUGUGCCAAUGGGUGUGCUUUUGCUGGUUUAGAAGUCGGAGCUGUGGGCGGCGGGGUCAUUGCAGCAACGAUGACUCCAUGAGGGCGGUUUUCAGCGAACGGUGCUCUCCGGGUGUUGUGCUGGACUAAGGUCGGUGCGAGGCCAACAAAAUCGGAGUUGUCUUGUCCUCGACGCUGUGGUCGACUCUUUGGCGUUGCUUUGUUGUUCGGUGCUACCUUUCGAUGGUGUGUCGUUUGGUUGUGAGGUGAACUUGUUUGUGGCCAGGUCGUCCGCGUGUGCCUCAUGUGGGGUUUGUAAUCUAGGUUUUCGUCCGGUUUUUCUCUAAUUAAUCGGGCAACUCUCUUUUUCUUAAUCAAUGAAAAUGACAAAU